UUUUCCUUAAUUAAUUUUAGGAUUACAAUAAAUUUCAAUACUUAAUCGAAUUUAUUAUCACAGAAACAAAGUCACCAGCGUGAAUUUAGUGCGUCUAGUCUUUCGCUUGCUCCAACAGAAAUAAUAUCCACUUCCUUCGUGGAUGAAAUAAAUACUCCAUUGAAUGGUAAUUUGUUUAUACUCGUUCUAAUUUUAAAAAAGAGUAUUGAUAUUACUUAAGUCAUCUGCUAUGCGCAUUAGACGAUCCACGGCCUGCUGAUUUGGAUUCUGAUCGGAGUGAUGAGAGUCCUAUCCCCCAAAAUCCGCAAGAAAAUCAGAGACCUAUUUUCUUUAGUGAAUCGAUGACGUUAGAAGAACUUUUAAAAAAAUCCAGCUUUGGUAAAAGAGUUCUUGCUUCAUAUAAAAAAAAUCCAAAACGUAAAAAAAAUUAUGAAGACCUCACUGAACACGAUCGGAAUAAACUCGUCGACAUAAUUAUUGAUGAUGAAAUUAAAACUAGCCUUGACAAAUGCAUAUCAGGAAAACGUUUUAUAGAAAUAGCUAACGCCAUUGUAGAGCUUUUUCCCAAAGAAAACAAGUUGACGUACAUUUUUAUCACUGAGAAUGGACAGUUUGUAGCUGGCCAUGGCAAAUUAUAUCGACGAUGGUCAAAUACGAGACGGGAAAUGAUUAAGCUUGGUUUGAUUUCCAUUAACAAAAAUAAGCGUAAGAGAAAUGAAGAUAUCGAAACUGAGGAAAGUGAAAAUGAUGGUUCGACUAUAACUUUAGAAUCUUUGAAAGACCUUGAUGUACCUUUUAGAUGA